AUGACCAGCAUCCGCUCCGCACCGGCGCCCCCGGCGCAUCCGCCGGCCGCGGCCGCGGCCCCUCCGCCGCAGCGGCAGCAGCCCGCGGGGCGCUCGGGCCCCAGCGCGGCGGCGGCCUCGCCACCCGCCGCGCGGCGAUCCGCGGCGAAAGCCGCGGGCGGGGCGGCCGCUACGGCUCGGCCUCCCACGGCCGCCGGGUGCCCGAGUGGCGGCCCGAGCGUCCCGAGCGCCCGCCAGAGCGCGGAGUGGUGGCUCGGAGGCUGGCCGAUCAUGACAGUCGGGACGAAUAGUGCCAAGGAGGGGUUCAAGGACCUGUCUCGCGCCGAGGACGGGGGCGCGGGCGCGGCUUGGGGCGACGACCUCGGCGACCUGGGCGACCUGGGCGUAGAGGCCACCGCGGCCAGCAGUGCGGAGCAGAGCCCGCCCGCCGGGACUGCAGCGACGGCGCCGCCGAAGGCGGAGGCGCGCCAGCUGAGCGCCCUGGAGGUGGCCCGGUCCGUGGACGAGGCCACGAGGGCCAAGGACCAGCUGGCCAAGCAGGCCGUCAGCUCGGCGCGCGACGCGGUCCUGGCGCAGCGGGCCGCGCUGCAGGCGCAGAUGGCGGAGCAGGAGCGGCGGCUGGCGGAGGAGGAGCGCCGGCUGGCUGCGCUGGAGCAGGAGCUGAACUCGGGGGCCGACAGGCACGAGCGCCACCACAUCGAGGCGCUGCGGGCCAAGAUCGAGGCCGCGGGCCGCGAGGAGAAAGAACUAGAGCGGGAGACCGACAGGAAACGCGAGGCGAUGCAAGUGGCCACAGACGCAUACGUGGACGCGCAGGAGCGGCUGGAGGAGAAGAGGGCGCAGAGCCGGCAGCUGCAGGACGACAUGCUGGAGAUUGUCUUGGCUCUCGGGCGAAACAAGGACGCGAAGCUGACUGGCCUGCUCACCCAGGUUCCAGAGGUGGGCCGCGUCAGCGAGCAGAGCCCCGCGGCGGAGGGCGCCGCCGCCGCGGCGCGGCCCGCCGCCGCGGAGGGCGCCUGCGCCGGCAGCGAAGCCUGCUGGUGAGGCCGGGGAGCCGAACGCC